GUAAUGAAUUGUGGGAACUAUUUCAACAAUUACGGCUUAAUCUUGAUAAAUCUUAUUAUGAGAUAUUAGAUGAAGCAUAUGAUAAAUUAUGUUACUAUCUCUCCCAUCAAACACGUAAGACUUACCUAAAUUCACAAUUCUCUGUUAGCCUUCGAGAAAUUGAUGAAGAUGGAGCAUUAAUAGUCAUUGCAUAUGCGAUCAGACAUUUUGUUCAGUUAGAAAAUGAUUUAACAAGUGGAGAAAAAAUAGAAACAGCAAUUACUCAUAUUCGUGGAACCUUAGUAGCUCAGUUGGAACCAAAUCGGAAUACAGAAACUAAAGUCAAAACGCUCGCUGGAAUUUCUGAAUGGUAUUAUUGGCAAUGGCCAUGUGAAGGAAUUUAUGAUGGAUAUAUACAAGCACGUGAAUUACCUAAUGUAGGAAAAUGGACAAAUUUUUCGCCAUCACAAAUUAAUG